UUUCAUUUUGCACAUGUUUUUUUUUCCUUCUUUUGGCAUUUGACAAUAGUUUAGAAUAAAUACUUAGAAAACUUGACUGAACCUCAAACGGAAACCAAUUAGUCCGCCAUUACAUUAAAUCUUCAACUUCUCCAUUAACGCCCAGAAUUACGUUAUCUCAUUUGAAGCAAUUUCGCUCUAUAUCUGUUCUUGAUCGAUCACUUUUUCGCCGAAUUUGGAUGGGUUAGGGUUUAGCCAAUGGGUGCCAUAACAACAAUAAAUCGUAAGCGAGCAGAUGAAUGUUUAAGCUUACACACUCCAUCUCCAUCAUUUAAUUCACCUCAUUAUUUUUAUGAUCGUAGUAAUCAAAUUGAUACCCAUAUAGCAAAAAAACCUAGAAUUUCCAACAUUCAAAGCGCUGGAAAGUUGAUUACUUCGGCGCAUAGUGUUGUUCCCCGGCUAAGGCAGUAUCCAGAACCGGGGAAGCUGCGGAGGGAGGUUCAUGCACCUUGUAGACGAAAAGGAUUUGGGCUUUUGUCCGGUGGAUUGAAGUGUGAGGAUAGUGGCAUUCAAGAGAAGGUUGAUAUGGGGAAUACACUUAACAAAAUACUUCGCAAGUAUGCAGAGGCCAGAGACAAUGCAGUUAGCGUUUUGCGGUAUGUAGGAAAGGAUAAGGAGGUGAUUGAUGUGGAAGAUGAACCUGAGAAGGAAGAUGUAAUUUCAAAGGGUUGGGGAGAGGUGGAGAUUGUUGAAGAUGGAAAUGAGAUACAGUCAGUGGUUUCUGACGGAAAUCGAGUGCCAGAGGGUGUUGAGGCACCGGAAAGUGGUGCUAUUCAGGCUGCUUCAGUGGAGGCAUUAGAUUUGACCAAUGUUGAGAAUGCUGCUAAAGUGUUCGGCUCAAUGUCGCUUGGUUUUGAGGCAUACAAAAAAUUGCUGCAUAAUGUGGACGCAUAUUAUUCUCCUCGGUUGAGCAGUUUGGAUUCUGAAAUCAAAUUAACCGAGGCGCAGUUGCAGUUCCACCAGUCUUUGAAGAAACAAGAGGAGCUGAAAAAACCAGGGGAGGAUUUGUUGCGUGAGCCUUUUGUGGUCCUCUCAGAGGAGGAGGAGAGAGAAGUUGCGCGUGCCUUCUCUAAUUCUAAUAGACGAAAGAUACUGGUCACACAUGAGAACUCCAACAUCCAGAUUACUGGUGAAAUGUUGCAGUGCUUGAAACCAGGUGCAUGGUUGAAUGAUGAAGUCAUCAAUGUUUAUCUGGAACUGCUGAAAGAAAGGGAAAGAAGAGAGCCGAAGAAAUUUUUGAAUUGUCAUUUCUUCAAUACAUUUUUUUAUAAGAAGCUUAUAGGUGGAAGAAAUGGCUAUGAUUAUAAGGCUGUUAGAAGAUGGACCACACAGAAGAAGCUUGGAUAUGGACUCGUGGACUGUGAUAAAAUAUUUGUUCCUAUCCACAAGGAGGUGCAUUGGUGUUUGGCAGUCAUUAACAAGAAGGACAAGUCGUUUCAGUAUCUAGACUCACUGGGUGGAAGAGAUUUUCAGGUUUUGAGAGUAUUGGCUCGAUAUUUCACGGAUGAAAUGAAGGACAAGAGUGGGCAGGAGAUUGAUGUUGGUUCAUGGGAGCUAGAGUUUGUUGAAGACCUUCCUGAACAACAGAAUGGGUUUGAUUGUGGUGUGUUCAUGAUCAAAUAUGCCGAUUUCUAUAGUAGAGGCAUGGGGCUCCAUUUCUCCCAGGAAAACAUGCCCUACUUUCGUCUUAGGACAGCAAAAGAGAUUUUGAGGCUCAGAGCAGACUGAAUGCAUGAUCUUGUGGGUUAAGUGAUGUGAUCUAUUCGCGGAUGUUCUUUCCAGCUUGGUGUCAGCAAAUGGGAUUUCAAAGAGGUUCCGUUCACUUUGAUUGAGAUGGGCUAAGCGUUUGGAAGCCUGGGGGUGUUAAUGGAGUGGAUGGUGCAGAUUUUUACAGAGUAUUGCAUUGUGAGUUGACUGAUAAGCUUGUACAUAUUGUGUAGCUGGUAUUCUUGCUUACCUACAACUCUGUCUUCCUCCGUUCAUCUGGCCUGGUAUUGUCCUUUAGUUAAAGGUGGAUUGUAAUUUUGCUCAACGUGCAUACUGAAAUUGGAUAUUCAGUUUUUGAAAUAUCACCACAGUAGCUAUUGUAUCAGAUAAGUAGAUGCCUCCAAUUUCAUUCUUUUUUUCUUUGCUUUUUUCUUAUAUAUAUUUACAUCUUUUUAUUUUCCCUUUUUUAUGGGAAGAACCGCAGAAAGGCUCAGAAUUAAGCUUGUUGAACGGCAUAUCUUUGAGCUUCAGUUCUUCUAAGGCUCGGGCUUUUAAAAGUGGUGUACCUUUGUCUGACAUUAUCUUCUGAUUCUUGUUAAGUUAUUCAUCAUUGAAUAAAAAGGUUGUAUUUUCAUCA